GUUACAUGUGUUCUUCUUUCUCACCUAAACUCUUCGAAACUCACGCUUCUUGAAUCAAUUUUGAAACAUAUAAUACAUAUUUUUCUUUCGAUUUUCAGUCUCUAAUCACACAAAACGAAGUUUAAUCAUGACGGAAACAAUGGUUGAGAUCUCAGAAGAUGAGAAGAGAUUAACAAAGCUUUGCUCUCUAAAGAAGAAGGCAAUAAAUGCAACGAACAAGUUUAAGCACUCCAUGACCAAGAGAGGUCGAAGGCAUAGCCGUGUGAGAUGCGUCUCAAUCGUCGAUGAAAUCGAUACAGAGGAGUUGCGACAGGUUGAUGCUUUCCGUCAAGCUCUUAUACUAGAGGAGCUGCUUCCCUCGAAACAUGAUGAUCAUCACAUGAUGCUUAGGUUCUUGAGGGCAAGAAAGUUUGAUAUUGAAAAGGCCAAACAAAUGUGGGCUGAUAUGCUUAACUGGAGGAAAGACUAUGGUGCAGAUACCAUCAUGGAGGACUUUGAUUAUGGAGAGAUCGAUGAAGUGGUUAAGUACUAUCCACAAGGGUAUCAUGGUGUUGACAAGGAAGGCAGACCUGUCUAUAUUGAGAGGCUAGGCCAAGUUGAUGCCGUGAAGCUCAUGAAAGUGACAACAAUAGAUAGGUACGUGAAGUACCAUGUGAAAGAGUUUGAGAAGACUUUCACCGUCAAGUUCCCUGCUUGUUCCAUUGCUGCUAAGAGACACAUUGAUCAGAGCACAACGAUCUUGGAUGUUCAAGGCGUGGGGUUAAAUAACUUCAACAAAGCUGCAAAAGAUCUCCUCCAGAGUAUUCAGAAAAUCGACAAUGAUAACUACCCCGAGACUCUGAACCGUAUGUUCAUCAUCAAUGCUGGUUAUGGGUUUAGGCUUGUGUGGAACGGAGUGAAAUCUUUCCUUGACCCAAAGACUACAGCCAAGAUUCACGUAAAGCUUUCCUGAAAGACUAUACUUUGUGUUUACUUGAUCUAAAAGUUAGUAAAAAAAAAAAAAACAUUAUUUCUGUUGAUUAAUGGCAGGUUCUUGGUAAAAAACAUUAUUUUUUUAUA